AGUAUGUUUUACGUCAUUUUACGACGUUUUCAAGCGUGUGCCGAUCAGCUGUAGAGAAGAAAAAAGUUUACGGGACUCGAAAAUCUAUUUCUUCAACUGCAAUAUUACGAGCCAGACAAUCUUUAUUCGCACAUACAUAUAUCUUGGUCUUGUGUAUACUAAUUUUCUUAAAGAUAAUAAACCCAACACUUAGGUCGUAAAAAACUGAUAUCGUAGAAAGAUGCUUACGGCAUCUUCUGUGAAAGUUGUUUCCUACGCUGAUUUGAAUGCACGCAACGAACAGAUCUGACAAUUAAUCGGUGCAACUUCUGAUUGGUUAUUAAUAUAUUCCGCUUUUCCGCUCCUAAAUGUGAAUUCUUUCUCAUACAAUCUCUAUAUUUUGCGGUAUUGCAAAGUACUCUGAAUAUAUGGUGAAUAAAAAAAUUGCCUUUUUUUAAAAAACAAACUAUUUUAAGGCAUACAUCUCGUCUGACAAGCGUGGGAUUGCGUUUUACAUUUCGGCACUUUUAACAUAACCUAUAACGUUUCCUUCCUACGCAUUACACAUAUACUCCUUUUCUUCUACAUUUUCGUCGUUCGACGCGAAAAUGGGUUCUCACGGAAAAGCAGAGACCGACAGACUAAAAAAGAAUUUGGAAGAACAAUUGGAUCGGCUUGUGCAACAGUUGGAAGAUCUGGAAGAUUGCAGAGUUACUCUGGACGAGACGGAUUAUCAGGAAUGUAAGGAAGACACUAUGGAGCAGCUACGCGAAUUCAACGAGAGCCUGCAAAGAAUGAUAUCUGGGAAUAUGACUUUAGUCGAUGAACUUGGAGCAAUGCAAUUGGCAACUCAAGCGGCGAUCAGCGCAGCCUUUCAGACGCCAGCCGUGAUAAGAAUGUUUGGCAAGCGGGAGCCGGCCGGACUCAAGGAACGUCUCUCGCAGAUAGAUCGAGACGUGAAACUGGGAAAACUGAACAAAGAAGCCGCCGACCGUCAACGGGGCGAGAUAUUGAGCGCUCUGCGGCAACUCGGUGAAAAGUUGGAGCCGUCCGAGUUACAGCUGUUGGAGCGAUUAUCUUUAAAUGACAUAGACACCACGAGAUAUGUGCAAAUUACUGAAACAGCGGGGAAAGGUAAAAUGGCUCUAGAUGUAGUCGGCAAGGAAGUUAAAGCUACGCAAGAUACUUGAAUUAAUCGUUAAUAAUCGUUGUGUCAUAUUUUUAUUUAUUUAUUACUAUAUUUUUCAAGUUUUGUUAAGGAGCUUUCUUAUCAAACAACUUAUAUUCAUACAAGUGUAGUGUAGAUGCUAGAUUUUUACGUUUUUCAAUUUUUACAAUAAAAAAAAUUUUCGACGAGGUUUCAAUACCGUUUUUUUUUUUUUAACUAAAUGCUUGCUUCGCUACAAAAUAUAAUGUAUGUAGCGAACUGUGCAAUCGAAUUGUCUAUGAAUUUCGCUAUAAUGCGGCAGUAAUGCAAUAUUACGAUUGUUACCUGAUGAUGAAGGUAAUCGCGCGCGUUUUUUUAUUAUAGAAAUUUUAAAUAUAAAUAAGUAAUCAAAUAUAUAAGAAAUCUAUAUGUAACUUUUAUGCAACUUUUAAUAUAUAAAUAUUGAAUUAUUUUUCGUUAUUUAAACAUUUAAUGUGACCCAGCACAGUAGCUACAUCAAAAUUAGAUUGUAUAGUGCGCUUUAGAUACAUUUAUGUAAAGGCAUCUUGUAUAUUGUUUACAACAUUGUUAUGUGAAUCGUGGAAUAAAUAUAUUGAUGUUUCCGUG